AUGACAGAUUCUACGAGGUACGAGUGCUCUCGCGCUCCUUCCGGUCAGACAAAUCCCGACCCGUCCAAAACGAUGUACGUUGCUGUAUUACCCGAUCCUGCCGGCUUUCGUUCCAUCCCACUUCCAUAUACUACUGUACCACGAUACGAGUUCACCACAAUAAGGCAGAUCUCUCACCUUCACCUCAAGGAACCGUGUCAUUCUUUCAACAGGCCGUUGAGAUUCUGUGUUGGCGAUGCGGACCUGUGGGGAUACACGAUCAUACUUGAAGAUACCCUCCGUCAGCCGGACCGCCUAAUGGGUGAAAGUUUGCAAUUAUUGUUUGUGGAGACUCAGAAACUGAGAUUAGGAUUUGGUUGGCAAUUGUCCGUGAUUGGGUUGAAACAGCUGACCAUUUCCAGUUUACCAUCUAAACUUCUCAGGGCAAUGGCGAUGGCGAUGGCAUGCCAUUUGAUCACGGUUCUCAUACCCGAAUAUCAAACCAUGGUAAUCUCUGCAUCUGUCUCGACAUUGGCACCCCGCGUCACACUUCGAGUGGAGAAUAGGAAGGCCGACAAACCGAUAGGAGGAAGCAGGAUGCGUAAUCUCCUCACCCCUGUCAGAAAAGGAAACGUCAGUCAGAAUCUCAAAUUUUGGUCUGGAGACCUUAGGUGGUAUAGCAAGUCGGAAUUUCAAAUCAUAAACGAGGAAGGCGGGCAAAUUCCCAAGUCUUGGGAUUGUUGCGGCUACACCGACGAUCCCGAUGAUACCGACACCGAAUCAUCGUGUCCCUCUCUAGCCGUAGUCCACCUGUAUAAGACUGUCAUGGCUCAAUUUCGAGAUCGUCACCCUUCUUGGUCUGACGCAACUCCGUUCAGCGUGACGGACGCUUUGUUCCGAUCUGUCAUGUAUGUCUUGCGACAUGAACCUGAACUCAAGGUCCAGCCGGGAUAUUCGAUCCAGUUCGAAUACGAUCCCAAUGGGGAGCUAAAAGAAUACAUGCGUGACAGGAUCACAGCUCUCGAAGAGUCCAGGAUCAUGUAUUCAAUUUUCACCUCUCUCGCCAGGGCCCAGGUUACGGCGGAAUGUUCUUUCCCGCCGCUUCCGGCCGUCAAAUCGGAGGGAGAUGAUGUGGAGUCACAAUGCUAUACAUUAACCUGUGUGCCGUGA